AUGGAGAUGGCCGUCCUUGAAAAUGAACCUGAAGUCUUGAUGGAAAACAUCUCCAAUAAAGACAAAAGAGACACGUCUGCAGCACCAGAUCAGCGUCUUCAUGAAGGUAGAUGGGUGCCUUUCCGUUCCAGCUUAUACUACAUUUCCUCCACUGAGAGAACCUGGCAGGAGAGUCGAGAUGACUGUCUGAGCAGAGGGGCUGACCUGAUGAUCAUAGACAGCCAGGAAGAGCAGGACUUCUCAAGAAGGUUUUCCCAAGAAGUGUGGAUUGGACUGACAGACAGCGCACAGGAGGGGACGUGGCAAUGGGUGGAUGGGACUCUGCUGAACACAAGCUAUUGGCUCCCUGGAGAGCCCAACAAUGAUGAUGAGGGUAAAGAGGAAAAUUGUGCAGAGAUACAUGUGGACAAUGGCUGGAAUGACAGGGUUUGUGUCUAA